AUGUCGACGACUUCAAUUUACAGCGCUGGCUCGGACAGGCUAGAUGCCUGGACCCGACGAUCACAGCCUAAAAUCGAAAUCCAAAUCGCAGGACAAAAGCCAGGGCAUGUCAACUCCUACACCACCGCAGAGAGGAUUGAUGGCAGUGUAAUCGUUGCCGUUGACCACGAGACUCGAUUUGAUGAGAUUGAGAUUGUCUUUGAAGGUGUUUCUACCACUACGGUAGAACGGUCAUCAUGUCCCGGCCGCACGGGAUCGCAACAGAUGUUUCUCAAGUUGCGUCAGCCCAUUGAUGAAAUGGAGUACCCGACCCCUCGAGUCCUAGAGAGUGGCCGGUCAUAUAAAUACCCCUUCACCUUUGUCGUCCCAGACCGUCUGCUGCCCCAGGUUUGCACCCACGCCAAGAAGAAUGCUCACAUUCAACGAGCCCACACGCUACUUCCGCCAACGGUGGGUGAUCCCAUCCUUGCUAGCAAUGGUAAGACACUACUAGAUGAUAUGGCACCUAGUAUGUCCCAGAUAGGGUACACGGUUCGAGCAUCUGUUCUUCAAAAACAACUCGCCGGCCGUGGACGCGUGGCUAUCGCCGCAACUGCGAAGAAAGUCCGGAUCAUCCCAGUUGUCGGAGAAGAACCUCCUGUUGAAAUCUCCACAAGCCCAUCCUUUUGCGCACGCAAAGAGAAAAGUGUCAAGCGCGGAACGUUACGAGGAACGUUGGGACGGAUUGUCGCUGCAUCUUCCCAGCCCAAACCCAUUCAAUUGCUUCCUCCAGACGGCGAGCCAACUGAUGCCGUGAGCACCGUGGCUACCGUAAACUUACGAUUCGAUCCAGUCGGCGACGAGCAACCUCCUCCACUGGGAAAAUUGACCAGCAAACUCCGCGUCCAUACAUUCUUCAGUGCAGCCCCAUGGGAAGACUUCCCUUCGACGACCGGCAUGCCCUUUGCCCAAAUCGGAUGCGGCCUGUACACAGAAAGUGUACCUCUGUUGACCAUGUGUGUUGCAUCCGCUCAGUGGACCAAGCAAUCGACAGCCGCCAACACGAUGCGCCACGACUCCACCGACUCAUCCUUAUCGGAUUCACCAGCCGGUCCGUCCUCCGCAUUCACCGGAGACACCUACUACACCGCCUCAAUCGUUGUCCCCAUCACCCUGCCCAAGUCGAAAGCAUUCAUCCCGACUUUCCACUUCUGUCUGAUGUCUCGCACCUACGCUCUCGACCUCUCCUUGACAUAUCACACCCCAGCAGCCAACCUCAUGACACCGAAAAUCUCCCUCCGUCUGCCGGUCCAGGUCACGAGCCAGGCUAAGCGCGCUGAAUCCUUAAAGACUGCGCUCGAUGUCACUGUCACACAGCAAGAACUAGACGAGUUCUUCUACCCGCGCAAUGUGACUUCUCCCACCCAUUUUUCGAAUCUUGCUCGUAGUGAUGUGAUUGACGUGGGCUUUGCUCCACCGAAGUACUCGGAGCAAUUGAGCACGCCGAGAGCCCGCUAA